AUGCAAAAUCCGGAAAUCGGCUGGUGUGAUCCUCCACCUGAAAUGAUACGGACGACUGCUGAGGCUUCUGAUCUACCGCAGCGCCCAGUGGCCUCACCAGACAGCGCCUCAUUAUGCGAUGCUUGGAAGAAGACUACACAGGCACUGUCGGAUCUGAUUGCCUUGGGUGGCCAGAAGAAUGCCAGGAUAGCGCUUACCACGCUAGAUGCUCAGCACCAAAGGCUGCGACUGUGGGCAGAGAUCAUUGGUGUGGUCAAUGGACAAGUUGACAAUUAUCUUAACAUUGCCAAGCUGAGAGACAUUCUCCAAGCAAUUCAUGGACACAUCAAUAGUGCCAUGACCUUUAAGGGCCCGGAGACAUUAGGAAUUUGGUGCUCACCUGCAAUGCUCAAGGUUUUCAUCGAGGGAUUAAAUCGUUUUCAGCGGCAGCUACAACCAUUUCUUCGUGAAGACCAGCGGACCCAAUAUCGGAGAACCACGCGAGAGCUGGCUUUGGAGCUCUUGUGCGCAGACUCAAUUUCAGAGCUGGAAGACAUUGAAGCAGCCUGCGAGAUCCUCAUGGACAAGGAGAAUAGAGGCUCUCAAGAGCUGCUGAGUCUGGUCCAGAAGCGUCGAAAGCUGCUAAACAUUGCCACGGCUGUCUUUGUUGAACCAUCAGCAGAUGGGUCUCAGCGCUCGAGAGCAUAUCUAAAACAAGCAAGAAAUCUUACUGGUCUGUGGGACGAGAUGAAUGACCGCACUAUAGGUUUAUGGAAAGCUGGAGGAGAAAGACAUGUGUACGUUGAGUGGAAAAGUAUCUCCGGCGAGGAGUCUUUUGAUAGGAAAGACGUGAUCUACGAGCGAAUACAGGAUCUUGCUGAUGUCUUGAGCUCAGAUAUGGGGCUCAGCGUGCUGCCUUUCAUAGGCAUUAUUCAGUUACGCUUGAAGGAGAUUGACGAUCAUUGGGGCUUCAUUUACGAGCUGCCUGAAUCCACAAGGCUUGACGCAAGGACUCAGCUGAUGCCAAACACACUGCGCGAUCUCUUGAAGCUCAACGACACAUUCUUACCUUCACUGAGUACUAGAGUGCAGCUCGCGCUCCGGUUGGCUUCUUCGCUACUGAACCUACACUCGAUCGGCUGGCUGCACAAGAACGUGAGGAGUGAAAACGUCAUGUUCUUCCCUGAGAAUCCAUCCCAACGGAGUCUAAAGCGACCACGGUGGGUGGGCUUAACGUAUGCGCGAGGCGAUACGGACUUCGAUGCAAGGUUUUCAGAGCGCACGGCAUGGUGA